AUGUCACCAGAAUUAGAGUCACUUUUUGUAGAGCUAAACUGUUCACCAAGAAAUGUAAUUGUUGGAUCUCUAUAUCGCAGACCGAAAUCUAAUUUCAGGAUCUUUCUAACGAAGCUAAGAGAAAUUUUGUCUAAAGUUAAUGCAGAAAGAAAGCUCAUAUAUAUUACAGGCGAUCUCAACGUGGAUCUUCUGAGAUUAGACUCCGGUUCAAAUGAACUGUGUUCCGCAUUUAAUGAAAGCAUGUUCUAUAACUGUAUAACAAAACCUACUAGAGUAAGCAAUACUAGUGCAACCCUUCUCGACCACAUUUGGACUAACAAUCUGAGUAACUUGUUAGAAAGCAAUAUUAUAUACGCCCGAACGUCUGAUCACUUCACGGUAUAUUGUACAUUCAGGCAAGGCAGCAACCAACCGAAUAUUAAAAAAACUCAGAUACUGUACAGAGAUCUUUCAGAAAAUAACAUAGCUCUGUUUAACAAUCACUUAGCUGAUAUAUCAUGGGAACAUGUAUUCUCAUCUCAAGACCCAAACGCUGCCACAGAUUUGUUUCUUAAUACUUUAACAUCUUCAUUUAACACUUAUUUCCCGGUGAAAACUAAACUAGUCAAAGAAAAAUCUCUGGCCAAACCCUAUAUAACUUCUGACAUUAAAGCAAUGAUCAGAGAAAAAAACAGACUGCAAAGAAAGUACGCUAAGCAUCCAGUCACAUUUGCUGAAAGCUUUAAAAAACUACGGAAUAAGCUCACCCUUACCAUACGGAAAGCUAAAGCCGAAUAUUACAAAAAUAAAUUUGAACAAUCUUCCGGGGACUCAAAAAAGACCUGGAAUAUUAUAAACAAUAUUUUAAGCAGAUCUAAAAACAGCAGGCCUACCUCAAUGAUGAUCAACGGGCACGAGUCCUCUGACUCAACCGAAAUAGCCAAUAGCUUCAACUCUUACUUCGCUAAUAUUGCGAAAACUCUUGCUGAAUCUAUCAGUGAGACACAGACCAACUUUAAUGUGUACCUAGCCAACCCGGUACAACAGGCACUUGCCUUCACUGAGACCUCCCCUGAUGAGGUAUUAAAAUUAGUUAAAGAACUAAAACAUACAGCUGCAGGCUGUGACAACAUUCCCGCAAUCGUCAUCAAAGUCAUCAUUCCUCACAUUUUACAUAUAUUAGUUCAUCUAUUUAAUAUGUCUCUAAAAUAUGGCAUUUUCCCCAGUGCUUUUAAAACGGCAAAAGUAAUUACAGGCCUAUAUCUCUCCUGA